AUGUCGAGUGACAGCCUCACAGGUUGGAUCUUUGGAUCCAUUGGAAUCGGUGGCAACAGGGGAUCCAACGACAACAAAGAUAACCGAAAAGAUAAUCAAUCCGAGAAUCCUGGUAGCGAAGAAUCCGAUGAAGUUCGGCAUCGCAAACAAUUGGCUCAAAUUCUACGGUAUAUUGCUACCAUGCAUCACUCUCUGGGAAGCAGCAGUUCGGACAACAAGCGCGGCCAUUCCUUUCUGAAGCGAUCUUCCAAUCUACAGCGCUGCUGGCAAUCUUCCUUUUAUCAAGAAUUCAGGGGAACCUCGGAUGAAGAGAGACGAUGGGGCAUUCUGUUUACUACCCAAAACUUCAAAACCUUACAGAGAAUUCAAGCAGAAUCUGCCACGCAACUGUUUGAAUCGCCUCCCUUUUCCUUUUAUGCAGCUACAUCAUCUGGACAGUCCCCUACAGCCAAUCGAAAAAGGGCGUGGGCAGAUGCCUUUCGGACUGUUGGGCAACAGAACAGUACUCCACAGCAACAACAAGACGGCAAGGCUUGUUGGUUACGACUCACGCGGUUGACCACGGCCGAAGUUCCGGAACCACCCAGUUUCUCCAAUCCAGCCGUGCGCCGAUACCUUGAACAGUGGCGAGAAUCUGAAUUUCAGCACUGCCGAUCGUUUCGGGACAUGAUCACACUCCAAACCAUAGAACAGGCUCCCAAAGUCAGCCCUGCUGAUUUGACCAGUGUGGCGACAAUCAAGACUUUCUUGCGAGCCUACAAACGAUACCUCCGAAAGCGAGCUUUCCAACAGGCUUUGGAACCCAUUUACAAUCAGCUCUUUGAAUGGGUGCAGCAGACCCAACACCACGAUACGGAACUGGUCUGGGGACUCGGUCAUGCACGAAUGAUUGCUGCUGAUCAGACGGUGGUCAAUGGACCCAUCUGCGAGGUGCUGGUAGAGGUGGAAUUGUCCAGGGAUGGAGCCUUGCUUGUACGUCCUCGUGAACAUACUGGAGUGGCCCUGAAUCGAGAGGUUGUCACGGCCCUCAUGAACUUGUCAGCGGACGAUGCUAGUGUCAACUCUGCUGGUAGUGCCAGCACGGCUGCUUCGGCCAAUCAACGUCUCACCCAGAUGCAUCGGUCUGUCGCCGAACUAGAUCCUCUGCAAAUGUCUCCGGGACAACCAUCCACGUAUGUUCCAUUGCUCAAGCGAAUGGUGAUGGAAUUGUCGUCGGGAGGAAGCUUCCAGAUGACCACCAAGCUUUCCGAAAAUGCAGACAGGCAACCGCCGGCACCCUGCAAGCAGCUUGUGACGGAAGCAUGGUGCUUGUAUUCCAGACCCAAACCAAGUUCUGUUUGGGCUCGAGAUGCCAUGGCCUUUGCGGAUCAGCUAUUGCUUCCACCCAACUCUCCCGACGCUGCCAAGUUGGGACUGCCCAAAGCUACCUGGGCAUUGACCAAGGGACCGGGGGCUCUGGAUGAUCCUUCAGUGGUAGGUGACGGCAAUAGUGCAGAGCAAAAACCAGCAGAGUCGGCUCCCGAUGGAUUUGUAGCUCGAUUAGGACAGCUCUUUGGCAAGCCAAAAGAGCCCGAAGAGGAGGAACAAGAGGAACCAGACGACUCCACCCUGCAAGAGGCUCCAAUCGUCUUUCCACUGCCCACGUCAGAGGCACAGAAUCGCAUUGCAGAUCUCCUGCUCCGGCAGCACUAUCCCGCCAUUGUUUGCGAAGGACCUCCAGGAACUGGUAAAACACAUACAAUUGCCAAUAUGAUAUCAGCCUAUCUAUGCCAGGGAAAACGAGUGCUGGUGACCUCCAAAAGUGCACCAGCUCUCGCGGUUAUUCGAGAAAGACUUCCCAAGUGUGUACAGGAUCUGGUUGUGGACGUGUCCAUGUCCGAGUUGGCAGGAAUGCGGCAGCUCCAGCAAACGGUAGAACGACUGGCCAAUCGAGUGUCGUGCGUUUCGACAGCUUUGGAAGGGGAAAAGGUUGUCAUGCUGUUGCGCAACCUUCGAACUCUAGAGCAGGAAAAAUGCGGCAUUGACAACAAGCUCUCGGCAGCUAGCGACCGCGUCAGAUGCGUUAUUCACCAACCGAACGGGCAAAAGCUUGUUUCUGGCUUGCUUUCUCUCAAUGAGGAGACACCGUGGUUAUCCGAGACCACUGCAAAGUGGACGGUUGAGAGGCUGGAGGAGUUUCGUGGUGACCUAGCAUCUCUCCUUGUUCAUGAUACCGAUGUCCUAUCGAGAGUAAAUCAUGGAUGCUAUGAUGCCGCACCAUCAGCAGAGUUGAUGUGCAUGGUUGCGGCAAAAGCGGGAAUGAUGCUCCCUUCUGUAAAGCAGGCGACAAAGAGGGCCCUCGCGUCAAUGCCAGUUCUGGGUCAAGUGUUCGCACCUGAAAGUUCUUCUGCUGAAUUACAGGAGCAGCUUGAGGCAAUGACGAUCGAUGGAAAAGCACCAGAGAGCAAUGUAAAAUGGCAAGAGAUCCUGCAAGCUCUGCGCUUCGAAGAAGCUCUGGAAAAGUUCCACCAGAGCGAACUUGCUCCUCUGAUCCAAAAUGAGGGUUGGCCAUUUCAGGAAGUGUACGAAAUGGUCGGCCGAGACCAAAAGCAGAGAAUUCUGCGAAAACCAUUGCUGGACCUGAUUGAUAGGCUUGUCAGCCUUAAGAAACUGGCAAUCGACCUGAAUAUCCCCGAGGAGCUUGAGCAAGCAUGCGAAUUCAGAGCUUUGGACGCCCGUAGGGGAAUGCUCGCAUCACAAAUCCAGCGCCUGGCAGAGGACUUGGUCGAUGCCAAGGUUGUAGCAGAGCUGAGCCGGUCAUUUUCAUCAGAGGCCCAGAGUGCUCUUAUCCGUUUCUCCCAAAUUGCUGGCAAGGCCAAAUUCAGUCGAGCUUCUCAACCGUCGAAGAUGACAGUACGCCAGCGACGCCACAGACAGGAAUACCUGGACGCCUUUGAUCGCUGUGUGCGGUACAUUCCCUGUUGGAUCAUGACUUCGUCUCAGAUCAGCGACUACUUGCCGGCAGAGGGCUUGUUUGACCUGGUUGUGAUAGACGAAGCGUCUCAAAGCGACAUCACAGUGCUCCCAGGCAUGUUGAGAGGCAAGAGCUGGUUGAUCGUCGGGGAUGGAAAGCAAGUGAGCCCUACGGAGUCGUUCAUCUCGGAAGAAAGCAUUGAUAGCCUUCGCGCUGCCUUGCCCCGUUGCCCACUGGAGGACUCCUUGUUGCCAGGGCAGAGUUUUUUUGAUCUUUGUGCGCAGGCAUUCCCCAGAGGACGCAUCGUGCUGAGAGAACACUUCCGGUGUGCACCAAACAUUAUCAACUUCAGCAAUCAACAGUUUUACGAUGGUAGAUUGAUACCUCUCAGGCUUCCUACGAGCAAUGAGAGGUUGACUCCAUCCAUCAUUGAUGUGCGGAUCCCUGAUGGCGUCAAAGUUGGGAAAGUGAACGCGAAGGAAUGCGACGAAAUCGUCAGACUGAUCCACGCUUUUGUGAGUGAUGCUGCCACCUUGUGUUCCACCAAGCCCAGAAGCAUCGGAAUCAUUUCGCUCUUGGGCGACGAGCAGUCUCGUCUGAUUCGAGGCCGUCUAUUGGAUCGCAUUGGCGCCCACAAGUUCAAGGAACACAAUAUCCUCAUUGGUGAUCCACCCACCUUUCAAGGGGCCGAAAGAGACAUCGUCUUCCUCAGCAUGGUUUGCUCUCCCGGUAGCGUGCCAACGCAGAAUCGGUUGAUGCAUGCACAACGUAUGAACGUUGCACUUUCUCGUUCACGCGACCGGAUGGUUCUAGUUCGCAGUAUUGACGUACAUCACGUGCCCAACCAGGAAGAUAUCAAGCUCCCGGUCCUUGAAUUCUUUGAAGAGGCGACAAAACUGAACGAGCAGCCGCUUCCCGCAGAGGAAAUGACAACGUCAGAGGACACAAAGAACGCCGGCGGUUUCCGCGAACGUGCGGAGACCUUGUUGAAAAAGAUGCUCAAGAAGAAGGGAUUCACUGUUCGUGAUAUGGGCGUUGUUUGGCAGUAUGGGCUAUGUGUCGAACACCCAGACACAAACGCUCGAGCAGCAUUGUGCAUCGAGAGUUGCGGGGAGCCAAGAGAUGAAUGGGACCGCGCAAGGACGCAACAAAAGAGCAUUGAAAGAGUGGGAUGGAAAUGUGUUCGGGUGGAUGGGCUUUCUCUCUUGGUGGAUCCCAAGAGCACCAUGGGAAUUGUGAUGGAUUUCCUUGUUUCAGCAGGCGUAGAGGCAUCCCCUCUGAUUUACGACUCCUUAGAGGAUGAAGAGGCUGCAGACGGCGAGCCCGAGGGAGAUGCUGAACCGGACAAUGCUGAACCGCAGCAAGAGGAGGCACAUCAGCCUCAGGACAACGUUGACGAGGAGAUUGCACCUGAUGCAAACGAUGGAGAAGCGGGUGUUGUUGUCAUCAGCAGCGAUGAUGAAAACGAAGACGACGAAAGAAAACCUGCAGCAUGUCUCCCGGAAGCGGUAACAAGUGAAAACAAUGAAGACGCAAUGGCAAAUGACCAAAUAGAUGCUGCCCAGUUCGGUCAAGUUGUCCAAAAUCUUGAUUUCUUGAGAGGGGGGCAGGCAUCCGGCGAGCCCGCGGAUGAUUCAAGUAUUCGAGAGCAUGUCCCUUUUGUGAAUGUUGCUCAACGAGCGCCUCCAAGGAAUCGCGGCAGGGGUAGUUCGUCGAAGAGAAAUCGCGAAGAAGACUAUUUGGGCGACCAAUCCAGCUUGGAAGGAGUGGAGCAAGUUGCCCCCGAAGAGACGGGAGACGAAAGUUCAACAGUUGGCAAACGGAUGAGGCCUUCAUACCGUCGUCUCGACAAGUAUUCACGAGAUGGCCGCUGGUAUCCUGGGCGCAAACGGGAACAAAAAGACGAGGACGGGCAGCAGCAAUGGUAUGACACGGACUCAGAUCUCGCAGCAGGUGAAAAUGGCACUGAUGUCGACAAGGACGACGAACCAGCACAGAACCCAUAA